UCACAGAUCGUCCAUACCGCGACCAUCGCCCGUACCGCGACCGCCGUCCUUACCGCGACCGCCGUCCGUACCGCAACCGCCGUCCGUACUGCGACCGCCGUCCGUACCGCGACCGCCGUCCAUACCGCGACCGCCGUCCAUACCGCGACCGCCGUCCGUACCGCAACCGCUGUCCGUACCGCGACCGCCGUCCGUACCGCGACCACCGUUCGUACCAGUCGUCCGUACCGACGUCCGACCACCAUUGGUCGUCCGUACCUGACGUCCGUACCGAGGUCCGACCAUCGGCCGUCCGUACCAUUUGUCCGUACCGCCGUCCGACCACCAUUGGCCGUCCGUAUCGUUGAUCGUACGUAGUUCCAAGUCUGCGAUCGAUAGCCAAUGCUUGAUUCGACAUUGAUCAAGUAUGGAGCACGAAGAUCGUUAUUCCGAUGAUGAACCAUGGUACCAAGAACACCAUGGUAGUGAACCGGAACCAGAGGCUACCGAGGACGAACCAUGGUACGAUGAACACCAUGGUACUAACCCGGAACAAGAGGCCACCGAAGGCGAGUCAUGGUACGACAAACACCAUGGUACAGAUCCGGAACCAGAGACUUCUGAAGACGAACCAUGGUACGAAAGGGACUAUGAUGAAGGGCAUGGAAUACAGGACCACCAUUGGCCGUCCGCUACACAAGCCAUCCCUUAUCGCGAGUCAUGGCCAAAAGGUGACGAAGACUCCGAAGGCGAACGCUUGGGUCCUUACUAUGCGCCACCGCGGAAUCACCGAGAGCUGCAGAAGGAGUACCCGAGACGUACCCGCAAAGUUCCGACCUGGUCACCGUGCGGAUCAUCCAGCAAGUCAAGGGCGUACCGUACGCGAACACAAGAUCUUCCGAGCUGGUCACCCCGCGCAUCACCGGCCAACAAGUCCAGUCGCGGCCGAGCUAAAACCAAGCCAAGCAUUGUUGGACCUUGGGCUAAGUCAAGGGAACAAGCCCCAAGGACGCUGGUGUAUUCUCCCGGAGCAAUAAGUUUCAUGGACGAGUUGAUCUCUAUCCAAUCUCAACUCCAAUACCUUGGAGAAAUGUUGGGCCAAGUAGAGACAUCUUACACCCAUGGAGAAUCAUCGCGGAACCAACACUCGGCCCUUGUGUCUCCGCCAACGCUAGAUCCGCGACCAACUGCUAAUCCGGACCGUGAUGAGACACAUCGGAGACGACAUGAUCCGACCGUCCAAUGCCGUGAACUGCCCACACGGAACGAGGAACCAGCCCAAAGAGAAGUCCGUCCCCAGAUCAUACCCAGGCCGGAAAUGACAAGGACGCAACCGGACCAUGAACCGGACAAUAAAGAAGAUGUCAACGGCCUUGGAGGAAUCAUAGAGAAGCCAGCCGAGCCGCCGGAUCACCAAGCGCAUAUACUCGGUGGUACAAGCCCAGGCAAUCAAGCGAACAGCGGUCGACUCCUUACCGCUCCUGAUCGAGACCAAGCCGACCUUCGACUGCCAUGCUCGGAGCAGGCCAUGGUACAUGAAUCUUCAUCCAGGACGUGUACCGAACCACUAGGCGACGCCAAAGGAGAUUCUGACCGUAUGAUCAGUUUCCUAUCCGGUGCUCACUCGGUAAUGGGGAGUUUCGAGCCAGGAGAGUCCCCACAAGCAACCAAGGUUCAUGAUGGGAUAGGAGCGACCAAUGCUGCUGGCCUUACCGGGAAAGUCUUAUCCUUUUCUCUUAAGGCCUUACUUUUUCCUUUUGAUCCCGGUUUUGGGCAGAGUUUUGAGGUCCGGUACAUUGGUACCAUCGCCUAG